AUGAAUUUUGUUAUGCAGUUGCUAUUAAUUAAGAUUGUUCAAUUAUAGCAAUUGGAUGUAAUAAUUAGAUUAAAAUAUAUGAAUUCAAAUAAGCAAUGUUGGAAAUUAAAUUAAGUAUUAAAUUAACAUUAAGAAAAUGUAAUUGCUUUAAAUUUGAUGAAAUAAUCAAAUUAAUUGAUUUCAGGAGAUGAAGGUGGAUCUAUUUUGAUUUGGUCAUAUAUAAUAAUUAAUGGAUUUGUAAAUAAAGUAUUAAAUAACAUAAAGAUUGGGUUAGAUGUUUAAUUUGGAAUAAUAAUGAAGAUCUGUUUAUAUCAUGUAGUAGAGAUAAGACUAUUAAGUUUUGGGUUAAAAAAAAUGAAUGGAUCUGUUAAUAAACAAUCGAAGAUCAUACUGGUUUUGUUUAUCAAAUAAGUUAGAAUGAAUAACAAAAUCAAGUUAUAUCUUGUGGAAAUAAUAAAUUGA